AUGGGCUCCGACAGCCGCCCCGUAUGCCAUCGCUGUGCCCAGAUCAAGCAGGCCUGCGAUGGCAGCGUGCCAUGCGCGCGCUGUCUGCGCCUGAGCCUUCCCUGUCGCCCACGCGACUCCAGCAGCUCGGCCAACCAGCAGGUGGGCGACCUGCCCAAAGCACGCAUCCGUAGAGUGCAGACCGGGUGCCUCAUGUGCAAACGCCGCAAGAAGAAGUGCGACGAGACGAAGCCACGAUGCGGCGACUGCAGGCGCCUGUGCCUCGACUGCGCGUGGCCUGCCGAGCGUCCCAAGGACAAGACCGCGGCCGCAGCCGUAACUGUGGGUGCCCCGGCAUCCAUGGCCGCCGAGGCCGUGGUUCCCAGAGAUAUCCCCAUCAGCGAGUCCGUGGCCGUCGAUGGGAUCGUCGACGGGACCACCACUGAGCUCAUCAUUCGCGGCGGCAACAGUCCGGCCCUGAGCUCCUCCAGCGGCAGCAGCUCCAGCAGUGCCAGCAUCAGCCACUACUCGCUGGAUCAUCACUUUGGAGGUCUGCAACCGACGUCGUCCACCAAUGAUUUAAUCGAACUCCCGGCCGACAGAUCUGCCUGGGAUCAGCAUGGCUCGUCCCCUGUGGGUUGGCACGAGUCCAUCACACCAAUAAGCUACGACAGCCCUCAAUCGGAUUCCCACGACUCCCUCACCGUGUCGCCCAUGACGUCCCUGUCGUCCCUAUCCAUCUAUAACCCGCAGUUGCUGCCGCAGCUGACUUCGUCCCACGACAGGGCUUUACUCAACCACUACAUGACCAUCGUGUCGUCUCUACUGUCCCGCCGCAUGUCCACCGAUAAUCCCUACAACGGCUAUCUGCUCCCCAUUGCUCGCUCCAAUGAUCUCGUCAUGCACUGCAUCCUGGCCCUUUCUGCGAACCACUGGCGCAAAUUGCAACCUCAACUGGCCGACAGGGGUAUAUACCACCAAAGCAAGGCAACGCAGGCUUUGGCUAGGCUCCUACCUCACGUGGAUAGAUCCAACGCCGACAUCGCCCUUGUUAGCAGCUUGCUCCUGUGCAUGACGGAGCUAUUUGAUGGCACCAGCGAAGGGUGGCAGCUCCAUCUCAAGGGCGCCAAGAGGCUGUUGACGGCAUUGAUGAACCAGCAGCAGGGCGAUCGUAUGAAUGGCCAUAACAAGUUCCUUGUGCGGCUUGCCCGGUUCCUCGAUUCUGCCGCUACGACGUCGACAUGCAAGCCCCCGCUCAUGGGCGAAGACGAGCGGGAGGCAGCUACGCUGGAUCGGCUGACGGCCUCGCCCGAUGACGAAGACUCGGCCAUUUACGGAAUCCCCAAGGAGCUGUUUCAUCUAGUCGACGUAGUCAACUCGCUUGCUGAUAAGCGGAAAACCCGUGUUGAUCGCGCUUCGGAAGCUGCCUUUCGCAAGGAAGCCUUGCAGAUCGAAGAACGCAUCAAUCACUGGUCAUAUGAAUAUGGCGGCCUGCCACGAGCCGCUUGGUCUGCCAAUGUGACCAACAACGACGAUGUAUUGCACGCAACUAUGGCCUACGAGUAUGCCAUUAGGCUCCGCCUCCACCAGAUUGUGGAGGGGUACGACUUGAACGACGCCAGAGUGGUCACCAACGUCGAGGGCAUCUUGGAGUCGGUGCAAAAGAUUCGUUAUGGUAGCCCCUUGGAACCCUGUCUCAUGUACCCCUUGGUCAUGGCCGGGGGAGCAUGUUGGACUAUGGAGCAGCGUGUUGUCAUCCAGGACCGCCUCCUUGUUAUGGAGCGCACUUGUGGCUUCGGGUACAUUUACAAUGCUCGAGAGCUGGUGGAGCGGGUCUGGAGGAUGCGAGAUCAAACUGAAGGCACGGGUACUAUUGUCAACUGGGCACGCAUCAGGUACGAGGAGAUGCAUGGACUAGCUGUUUUCUAA